CGCGGCCCAUGUUGUGUCCAGAACUCCAGAUCGCCCUCUGCUAUGGCCACAACUGAGCUUCCUCAGCCGGCACCCCGAACAACCAGCACCGAAAGCGCCCUUUCCCCAAACGACGACCAAGAUGAUAAUACCAGACUCCGGUCUCGAUCGCCGCAUCCGUACCGUCGCCAGAACUUUGAGCUCCUCGAGCCAUCAGAUCGCCUAGUGCGACGCCCAAAUAAUGGCGACGACGACGCUCGUGCGCCAAUCCAUGCAUCUCCCUCCUUCGCCAGAGAUUCAACACCGGCCAGCGAGAGCGGGACCGACGCCGACGAUGAGCACUUCCUUAAGGGCCUUCCCGCGCCGAAAGCGAGGCUCCACAAGGGCUUACGCGGCAAGAACGAACCGCUCUCGGGCACGUCCACACCCAUGCUCUCGUCGGCCGUCCUCGAAGAGGAGGGUCGGAAAACACAGCUGAAUCCGAAUUUGAAUUAUGGCCGCGGCCUGCUCGAACGCGACAAGAGGCGCACAACUGAGGGCCCUCGCCGGCGCAAGGAGUUGGUUCGAAGGGCGACUGAAGUCUUCCUCCUCGUCUGCCAGGGAGCAUACCCCCUGAGGCUGGUUAUCUGGGCUUAUCGUCGUCGUGGGAAACCGUCCAGGCGCAUCCCGAUCCGGAUCCCUUCCAGCUUUGAUCCGGCGCCGCUCCUCUACCCUCCUCUGGUGCCAAUCUUCGUGUCUUUCCUUAUUGCCCAAAACGUCAAGGGUGUUGUGCGACCAACCGCCGUGCUGAGCAUAUGCGCCCUGCCAAGGGCCCUGAUACCCGGUGCACGAUACUGGGAGUACUAUAGCUGCUCCCACUGGUUGUUGUCGUGCAUCCCGUUCAUACUGGAUCCGCAUUCGCAUACAAAGGGCUCCACUGGGUCCGACGAGAUACCUCCCGAGGUGCUGAUCUUGCUUUACCCAUUACACCAGACACUCUGUCUUAUCUUACAACAGCUCACGACGACCAGUCUCUUAGUUUCCGAGCUGCAAUUGCUCUCAGUGGGGCUCAUUGAGCUAUUCCUGCUAGCUCGCUCUCCGCAGGCCGUUAUUCUGAAGGCGCUUCUCUGGGGUGGCGGUGUCGGGCUCAUCGUUUCCUGUGGUCAAGUCAUCCGAUGGGGCAUCGCUCUAGCUCGUGUUCCGAAGUGGCGAUUCCGGCGGGUCCCACCUUCGACAAAGAGCACAUCUGGCUUGCGAAUGCUGAGACAGCUCUUUCCCAAGUGGCCGAGGUCUGACUCUGGGGCAAGCUACGGCAGCGCCCUUAGCGACUCGGGGCACUCCACAGACGAAUGUCUUGACGGGCCGGUAUUUGCUGCGACUUUUCCUCAACGCCCAGCAAGUGCUACAAGAGCCGACAGCAUAAGCGAUACCGAAGCGGUGCCAGCCGUGGUCCGACUGAACUUGGCAGAGCCACUGCCACAAGAAUCACCAGUCCGAAGACACACCCUGCCCACCAGCACCGCCCUUGGCAACCAAAUCAGCCGCUCCAAGACGCACACCCCCUCCGGCCGCCGUAGGCGUGCUGUCUCGUCCACCAUCCGGGCGUUCUUCUCCCUCACCCAACCGCAAGCCACCCUCCGGAAGUGGCUCUACGCGUUCUACGUCUACCUGUGUAUCCUCGCUGUCAUCUUCCUCGGCAUCCGCCCCUACGUCCAACAGCACGCCCUGCAGGGCCACGAGCCUGUCGGCUGGGCGCUAGGCUAUUUGUUCGGCGACCUUUCGCGAUUCCGAUUUGAAGUUGUAAAGGCCAACCUAGAGCGAUGGAUCUGCCUCCCGCCCCGCGCCACCGACCCGGCUGAAUGUGGGGCCAACGGGUUCGGAUGGGUGGAACAAGCCCGCCUCUCACCUCCUCUGGGCGCAGCCAACACCCGCCUGGCCCUAUCAGGCUACUGGCUCGCGAUUUUGACGACGGGGCUCGCCAUCGUCCUGCGCCUCUCCCCCGUGUACGAGGUCGACACGCGCCGCAAGGUGUUCCACUUCAUGAUGGUCGCCAUGUUGCUCCCUACCGUCUACGUCGACCCGGCCUACGCCGCUCUCGCCCUGGCCCUCGUGCUCGCCAUCUUCCUCCUCGUCGACCUCCUCCGCGCCUCCCAGCUCCCACCCUUGUCCCGCCCCAUCGCCAACUUUCUAACCCCUUACGUCGACGGCAGGGACCUGCGCGGGCCCGUCGUCGUCUCCCACAUCUUUCUGCUCAUCGGCUGCGCUAUCCCCCUGUGGCUUGGUCUCGCCUCCCUCCCGAGGACCCCAACGACAACGAACAGGUAUGACGUCGGCUGGGAGGUACCCUCGCGCGAGGUCAGUCUGGUGUCGGGCGUCGUGUGCGUCGGCCUCGGUGACGCUGCCGCGUCGCUCAUUGGCCGCCGGUGGGGCCACCGCAAGUGGAUGUGGGGCGGCGGCAAGAGCGUCGAGGGCAGCCUUGCCUUCGCCGUCGCCGUGUGGGGAGGGCUCAUGCUCGCCGCCGCGUGGCUAAGGGUUGGCGGGUGGGUUCCUACUGCAGGUACUGCUACUGGGGAAGGUGGAGUGUCUGGGUCGGGCAUGGACUGCCUCAUGAGUGUGCUCGACUGGCGGCGGUUGGUUGAGUGGGCGGGCCCGGAAGCCCGCAAGAGCGCCGUGUGCGCGUCGCUGGCGUCGCUGACUGAGGCGGUGCUGACGGGCGGUAAUGAUAAUGUUAUUGUGCCGGUGGUGCUUUGGGCGUGUGUCAAGAGCAUGGCGGUGUGA